AUGAAAACCUCAACUUUGCUUACUUUGGCUAUCACUUUUGCUGCAUCUUCUGUAGCUCAAAGUGCUUCUAUCACUGGAUGCCAUUAUCACGGUUCAACCUAUUACUGCCAGGAUGCUGAUGGUGAAGAAGGAUAUGUCUCCCCGGUACCCACUGAAACUACCAAUGCUCCUGCUGAGUAUACUUCUUGUCACAAUCAUGGAAGCGAAAUGUACUGUAUGUCAGGUAAUGAUGAAGUAAAAUUCAUUGUUGAAGAAGACGAGGGUCAUGCUGUGACAACCUCUUCAUCCUCAGCUAUUCCUGCAUCAACUGCUACUACUUCUGAUCAAACUUCUGCUAUUGCUUCAUCCAUUGCCUCAUCAUCUGCUACUUUUUCUUCAUCUUCCAUUACCUCUGUUAUCUCAUCAUCUGCUGCUGCUACUACCUCUUCAUCUUCCCGUCCCGCAGUCACCAGCUGUCAUUUCCAUGGUAGUGUUUAUUAUUGCAAGGACAUAAAUGGUCAAGAGGGUUCAAUCACACCUGCUCCUACUGCUUCUGAAAAUGCACCAGCUCAGUACACUGGCUGCCAUUACCAUGACUCUGAGUAUUAUUGCAAAGAUGGUACUAAUGAAGUUCAAUUUAUUGUUGAGGCUGAAACCUCUUCUUCAUCGUCUUCAUCGUCUUCAUCGUCUUCAUCGUCUUCAUCUUCCAUUACCUCUGUCAUCUCAUCACCUGCUGCUGCCACUACCUCUUCAUCUUCCCGUCCCGCAGUCACCAGCUGUCAUUUCCAUGGUAGUGUUUAUUAUUGCAAGGACAUAAAUGGUCAAGAGGGUUCAAUCACACCUGCUCCUACUGCUUCUGAAAAUGCACCAGCUCAGUAUACUGGCUGCCAUUAUCAUGGUACUGAAUAUCACUGCAAAGAUGGUACUAAUGAGGUUCAAUUUAUUGUUGAGACUGAAGCUUCUUCUCAAACAACUCUUUCUACCGCGGUUGCUGUCUCUUCAAUUGCCAGAAAUAAUCUUACUGCAAGCGAAACAUUGGCACAAACUAACAGUGGCAAUCGCUCUGGGGCUGCUGCCGUUGCUGUUGUUGCCUUGGGUGCAAUUGGAAUUGUUUUGCUGUUGUAA